UACUAACGCGUCGAACCCAGUUGAAGGACUUAUAAAAAUCACAAAUAAUACGACCAAGUUCUUUACAUUGUUGUCCACAGAUUUUUGUUAUUAUUGUUUGCCCAUCUUCUUCAUCAAGCCAUGCAGCAGCGUUCAGCAUCGACAGCCAAGAACUUGGUUCGUAAAAUCUGGAACCACCACAACCAAAUCCAAUCCCUCAGACGACCACCCUGUGAUGUCUUCAUUAAUCAUCGUUGCAUCGAUACCAAGAGGACCAUCUCCGGGUUGCUCUUCGAUCAUCUUUCUAGACUCAGGCUCCAUCCAUUUUUGGAUAGCAAGAACAUGAGACCUGGUGACAAAUUAUUUGACAGCAUUGAUCGAGCUAUCCAUGAAUGCAAAGUUGGGAUUGCUGUGUUUUCGCCGCGUUAUUGCGAGUCAUACUUUUGCCUCCAUGAAUUGGCUUUGUUAAUGGAGACAAAGAAAAGAGUUAUACCUAUAUUUUGUGAUGUCAAGCCAUCUCAGCUUCAUGUUAAGGAUAACGGGCGUUGUCCUCCCAAAGAGCUGCAAAGGUUUGCCUAUGCUCUUGAAGAGGCAAAGUACACCGUUGGACUUACAUUUGACACCCUCGAAGGGGAUUGGUCUAAAUUCUUGACAACCGCUGCGGAGGCCGUCGUUCAUAAUUUGAUCGAGGUGGAUGGAGAAGAAACACACAAGGAGCGUAAAUAUUUUAUGAAGAAUUAUUUCUGAGAAAUCAAGAUGAAGCACACAUAAAUGCAUCCAAAACCACAUGCAUCGUGACUUGAUUAAAUAAGCAUGAAAUUUUUUCAUUUGUUAAUUUUUGUAACGAUCAAUUGUUCAUUCGGAGAUUUUUUUGUUGUUUGUAAUUGUAAACAAUAGAAAAAACAAAAUACAAAGAGACCAGAGACUAUAGAGCUAGCGAGGUAAAAAUCUAACAAUGUUCAUAUGUUCAUGUUCAAAUAAAUUUUUUUUUGGUAUGUUUGUGUUUGUAUUCCAUUUCUUUUGUUCUUAUGAAUGCAUU